AUGGAGAGAGCUAAACUCGACUACGGCCGGCUCGGCGGCGCUGCCUCAUCAUCCUUCCGCGAAAACAACCCGCAGCCCACCGCCGCCGCACCCUCUUCCCGCAAGCGCAAGCUCAUCAUCCUCUCCCUCCUCUCCCUCACCCUGAUCGUCGCCUCCGCGGUCUCCGCCGCCCUCCUCGUCGCCGCCCGCAACCGGGCCGCCGCUGGGCCCGACCCGACCCGGCACCGGCGCCCGACCCAGGCCAUCUCCCGGGCCUGCGGCAAGACCCGGUACCCGCAGCUCUGCGUCAACUCGCUGGUGGAGUUCCCCGGGUCGCUCACCGCCGACGACCAGGACCUCGUCCACAUUUCCUUCAACAUGACGCUCCAGCGCCUCAGCCGGGCGCUCUACCUCUCGUCGACGGCGAUGAUGGCCAGCUACCUCCCCGCCGGCGGCCUCGAUCGGGCCGCCUACGACGACUGCCUCGAGCUCCUGGACGACUCCGUCGACGCCCUCUCACGCUCCCUCUCCGCCGUCGCGCCGCCUUCCGGCGGCGGCAUCGGCGGCGCGGUCGCCGCCUCCACCACCGACGUCGCCACGUGGCUGAGCGCCGCGCUGACGAACCAGGACACGUGCGCGGAGGGGCUGGCGGACGUGAAAUCCGGCCCCGUGAAGGAGGAGAUGGAGCGGAAAUUGAAGGAUCUGACUGAGCUCGUCAGCAAUUGCCUCGCGAUCUUCUCCGCCACCGACGACGGCGACUUCGCCGGAGUCCCGAUUCAGAACCGGCGGAGGCUGUUGGAGGAAUCGAAUGUGGAAUCGGAAGAGGAGUUCCCCGGCUGGAUCGGGAGGAGGGAGAGGAGGCUUCUGGGGCUCCCGGUUUCGGCGAUUCAGGCCGAUAUCGUGGUGUCGGCAGACGGCGCCAACGGGAGCUACAAGACGAUCGGGGAAGCGAUCAAGAAGGCGCCGGAGAAGAGCAGCCGGCGGACCAUCAUCUACGUCAGGGCAGGAAGGUAUGAGGAGAACAACCUGAAAGUGGGGAGGAAGAAGUGGAACCUGAUGUUCAUCGGCGACGGCAAGGGCAAAACCGUCAUCACCGGGAAAAGGAGCGUCUUUGACAACUUGACCACUUUCCACACCGCUUCCUUCGCGGCCACCGGAGCAGGGUUCAUAGCCCGGGACCUGACAUUCGAGAACACCGCCGGUCCCGCGAAGCACCAGGCGGUGGCGCUCCGCGUCGGCGCCGACCACGCCGUCGUGUACCGCUGCAACGUGAUCGGGUACCAGGACACCCUCUACGUCCACUCCAACCGGCAGUUCUUCCGCGAGUGCGACGUCUACGGCACCGUCGACUUCGUUUUCGGCAACGCCGCCGUGGUGCUCCAGAACUGCAGCUUCUACGCGCGGAAGCCCAUGGACCUGCAGAAGAACACGGUGACGGCCCAGAACCGGAAGGACCCGAACCAGAACACGGGGAUCUCGAUCCACGCCUCCCGGUUCCUGGCCACCCCGGACCUGCAGGCCUCCAAGGCCCAGUUCCAGACCUACCUGGGCCGGCCCUGGAAGCUCUACUCGCGGACCGUCGUCAUGAUGACGUACAUCGGGGACCACGUGCACCCCAGAGGUUGGUUGGAGUGGAACGCCACGUUUGCAUUGGACACGCUGUACUACGGCGAGUACAUGAACUACGGGCCGAGCGGGGCGGUCGGGCAGCGGGUCAAGUGGCCCGGUUACCGGGUGAUUACGAACAAGGUGGAGGCGAACCGGUUCACCGUGAGUGAGUUUAUAUUCGGGUCGUCGUGGCUGCCGUCGACCGGGGUGGCCUUUCUGGCCGGUUUGAAUACAUAG